AUGAUAAAAGAUUAUCGCAUUUCUCCAAAUGGCAGUGGGGUUGCUUAAUAUCCUAAGGGAGAUGCUGACUAUUGUCUAAGAGAGGAUCUUAAAAUCGAUGGCUUUGAGAAUAUUUGGGUGGACGCGCAAGACUUGUUAACAGGCGUAAUCGCCAACCCACCUAACAGGUCCCAACAGCAAUUUCUUAAUUAA